AUGGCAGAGAAAGAACCACACCCGGGUGCAAUGCCUCGCAUUCCCAGCUCGUCGGCUCCCCAAGAAGCGCAGGGUUUAGUUAAAACGAGCGGCGAGGUCAAGGCUGUAAGCCUGUUCCCAAAUGUUCAGGGAUUACAGCAACACCAAGGAAGACCACAAACAGUCCAGGCCUACGCCACCAGAGGCACUCGACCGGGAAUUUCUCCUCAAAGGGAGGCCAGACUCCCUCCCUCGAUUUUCUCAGGCAACUGCUAUCGUUCUUUACCUUUAUACGCCGCGUCACCUCCCUCGAGGUUUCCACAAUUGCAACGAACGACCGGCGCCAUUCACCCUAUUCAUGUGCCAAGCUGUGCCCGUGUUUCUCCAGCGGCUAGUAUCGAUGCUAAUCGGCAAAUUUUGAAGUUAUGCAAUACUGGAGCAUCAGAUCAAAGAACAGAACAUGCUCACCCUGUACGGCUCCAAAACAGCCAUCCGCAACUACAGCCUUUGGGGCCCAACGUCUUAUACGCCAGCUCAUCAGCCGCGCGCCCGGCGGCACUUCUGGUUGCUGCUUCGAGGCCUGGCGCCCCUCCUCUGCCUGUCAAGAUCAAAGCGAAUCCAUCUGGGCAGUAUGCAACACAAGUAGCAGACAAGCCGCAGCACUUCCAGUCGUUGCAGAAAUUCCGGGAGGCCGCUUCUUCACUUCCGUACGAACCUAACGAGAGGGUCCCGGCGAGUCAGCGCAGCCUGGCGAAUCACAUCAAUAGCAGGGACACGCAGUCCUUUCCUACGCCGGUGUUCAUUGCAGCUGCAUCACAUGGGAGAACUGCAGAUUCUCCCGGCCUGCUUUCAAACGCCGUUUCCUGCGAGGGUGACACCCAGCGUUCAAAUUCAACGAGGCUUGAUGAAGGGCCUGUCUCUUGUUGUGGCUUGAGUUUGCAGCCCUUAAGCAUCACUCAACUAUUCUCAGACGUACCACAGCCGCUGUCCAGGGCGACUCAAUCAAUAGAAGUGGAUAGCCGUUCCGCGAUUCGCCUACUCCAGGAUGCUGAAGACGAUGCUGCAGCUGUAGUUUUGACGGCACAGGAGAAGUCCCGAGCUCUGCGGGAGCGAGCGAGGGCAGAGGCGGAAGCAGAAGGCGAGUGCCUUCGAAAUGAUAUGGAGAAACUACUCGAAGCGAUUGCUAAGAAAAAUAAGAUUGAACACGAAGGGAUGCGAAAGCUUCAUGCUCAAAGGGAGGCGGAGACGAAUGCUAUCCUUGCAAGGGACAAGCAAGAAAAUCUUGCGGGAACCGUUAGCAUGGUUGUUGACUUGACACUGAAGGUCGACGUGCAGUGCCCCGUCGAGGCAAUCAAGCUUUUCUGCCCUCCGGAGAGACUUCUGACAUUCAGGAGAAAGUCUCCUUUCCAGCAUCACCCGAGCGGCGAACUGCUACUAAAAGCAGAAGAUUACAUAACGUGGGAUGAAGAAGGCCGUGCGCUUCUCGCUAGAGAUGCCCUCCGUCACCGACAGAGUUUUGGGUCAUUCUGGACAAAGCAUCAAAGCAAAGUGCACUCGUCAGUACGCCCGGCUCUGCUGCUAAAAACUCCCCACUUUGACGAUCCCUUAGACAGGGACAUCAACAGCCGUUUGCCCAGCUUCUGGAAGCCCGAAGCGGAUACGAAUUUCCAACCCUUUCAGCUCCCUGCCUUUGCGGCAUCGUCACCCAGCAGUGCACCGAGUGAGGACAAGCAAGAUCCGGACUCGAUUGAAGGUGGCCCUCCCGGAGCAUCCACUAAGUAG